AAGCGGAUGCGCCUUGGCCUGUGAACGGCGAGCUUGACUUUUAAGUGACCACUACUCACCCAAUGCCACCCAAACCUCCCGCGCGCCUCCCUCCGAAACCUCGCGUUACACCAAAAGCGCAGGUAAAGACAUCUCUGCCAGGCCUGACCCCGAGACCUGCUGCCCGAGCCCCACCGCAUCCAAAGUCCACCAUACCUGCGACACCGAGCAAUGCUUCCACCCCACUUCCACCCCCGCCUCCGUCGAAAUGGUCCGAACAGAGUCGCUCAGGCUCAAGCAGCCGCUACGUGAAAUGGGGUACCAACGGUCUAGUAGCGAUAUGCGCAAUGCUCUUCCUACGCGACCACUACAUUGAGUUCCAACACGUCCGCGGCUCCUCCAUGUCACCCACCCUCAGUCCCAACGCGCACGAGACAGGCCGGGAAGACUACGUCCUCGUGCGCCCAUACCUCGAGCACUCCAGACGAGGAGCAAAGAGCGAGCAAAACGACAACAAUGAAUGGAGCGUGAAGCGCGGCGAUGUAGUGACGUUCUGGAAACCACACAAGCCCUCUGAAAUGGGUAUUAAACGCGUAGUAGCGGUUGAAGGCGACACCGUGUAUCCCGUUCGCGGCUACGCUUUCGAUCCCGCGGCGCAUGCGGCCAGAGUGCAAGGGUCGCCGGAUGGGCUUGCGGAUUUCGACCCGGACUCUGUUGUUCCUGAGGCGCAGCAGCGGGAGCUGGGCAAGGUGGUGGUGCCGUAUGGACAUGUGUGGAUUGAAGGGGAUAAUUGGCGGAAGAGUCUUGAUAGUAAUGAUUUUGGGCCGAUUAGCAAAGGGUUGAUUCAGGGGAGGGCGGUUAAGGUGUGGAGGAACUGGUUUGGUUUGUUGGAUGUGGGGGAUGAGAGGAAGAGGGGGGAGAGAAGGAUGAGGAGUCGGGUUGUAGAGGGACGGAGUGAGAUUCCUGCUGUGUUCUUGGAGUGAAUGGUAAGAGGACUUGAAUGUCUGAAGGUAUUGGGCUUGAGAUUGGCAAGA